CAUGCCUCGAGGUCCUCGCAUGCAUACGAAGCCAAAUUUUAUGUCAUAGUAAUCCACCCUUGGACCUUUUAAUUGCAGCCAAAGAGUCCACAAAGCAGUGGGUCAUUGUUCUGCCCAGAAUGGCAAGGACUAAGCAAUGGACUGUCCAAUAUCCACAUCUUCAAAGCGGUGGGCCACAAUCCACAGGAGGCUUGAUCAAUAGUAUAUAUACCGAAACUGGUUGGUAUCAUUAUCUUCAGCCAGGCAAAUUCUUCCAACAAACUCGAGUCACCACUAUGAAUUCUCAAAGCAAAAGAUCUCAUCGUACUUCUCCCUAUAAGGUCGAAAACGCUCCCAAGAAGAAAUAUAUGACACAUGAACAGCUUAACAUCCUGGAACCUUACUAUGCCAAAAAUAAUCGCCCUACGCAGCAUGAUAUCAAAUUACUAGCUGAGGAGAUCAAUGUUCCAGCUGUGAAAGUUUACAACUGGUUCAAUAAUCGGCGCGCCAAAGAAGCUAGACUACAACGGAAUCCAUCGCAAUGCCUCUGGAACAUGAACGUCGAUGGUACCGCUGAUACGACCGAUUCGGAUCACGACGAUGACGAGCACGAGUCGAGUGAUGUCCAAGGUACCUUAGACCAAAAGGGUCUCGACAAAGAAACCGAUUACCAAGAAGCCCACGCCUAUGUUGCGACGAUGGCAGAAAUGUCACCUGAGGAACUCGAUACGCAGUUCAUCGAGCAAGAAGCUGCCCGCGCCUGUGUCUUGGCCAUGGCCAAGAUGACACCACAAGAAGUCGAUGCAGCGUUCAUUCUGAGCAACCUCCAGCGACGAAUCAUUGUUCAUCCUCCCAAAAAAUGACAAAGCAACGUGUUUUCGAACGUAUGACUGGCCCCUACAUUGGUACUCGAUCGGCGCUAUGUAGCUGCCAUAUAACGACUGAUUAC